CUAAGCCAUCUUGGUGAAGAAGUGGAUAUCAGAGUCUCACCUCUUAAAUUAUCCCUAAUGCUCCCAAACUUUUCUCCUUCUUUCAUUGCUGGUCUUCAAAUGACUCAUGAAUUUUUCAAUCUCUAUAUCUCAGAUAGGACUUACCAAUUCAGGUUUUCCCUUCGAAAGUUUUAUACAUUUAUGUAUCGAAUGGAACUUCAAGGUUUUUCUUCAAUGCUCUUCACUGUCGAUAUGAAACGUUUACUAUCUGUUUACCUUACUUUUGAAAAUAACAAUGCAAAAAGAGAACGACGAAGAUUAAAAUUGCUAGCUUAUGAUCUAGAUCUCGACGGAGACAUUGAGUAUACAACUUUUGUCUCAAUUGAUUCAAGAGACUUCAGACGUAUUGCUUCAGAAUUAAAUUCUCGUUCCGUUUCGGUUACUUUUACGAAUUCACGAGUCAAUUUUUUUAAUAAAAACAAAGAGAUUACUUUUAGCAAAGAGGAAAAUCAAUGUGUAAUAGGAGGUGUUGAAGAAGGAGAGGAAUUUCGAUUUAUAAUCACAGUUCAUCCAUUGGUGUUUUUUCUUGAUUUGAGCAGUCAAUCAAAACGGGUGUGGUUCUUAAUGCAAAGGGAUUUCUCGUGUAUAAUGAUUCUUCCUUUGGGACUGUGGCAACAAUUUUGGGUCUAUUUUCCAUCUCAGUGUCAUAUUCAUAUACCUCUAUUUGACUAAAAUUCUUGUUUUGGUAAAAGUGCUUUUUUUUUUGUUUUUAUUUUGUAGAAUAACCAUUAUAUGUGUCGAUCGAAGUACUGAAAUUACAUAUUACAUAAUAUAGAGCUAUGUUGAUAUAA